UACCAUGGAGUUCUCGGUUCGUUUUUUCUACAUCUGCACGUGCGUGACGUCAUUCGUGGGAGUCCCCGCUAACAUCAUUGCAGUGGUCUACCUCCACUUAGGAGACCACUCUAUACACGAGUCUACACUGCUGCUCUACAAGGCUGUAGCCACUACCGACUUGGUGGUGGCUCUGGCAGUGUCCAAGUUCGCCGUCAACUAUCUCAGUGACUUUAAACUUCAUGUUACCAAUGCGGCGGCGUGUGAAGUGAUAGAGUUUGCACUAGACACAGGAAUGCGACUUCUCUACCUCCUGCUCUGCGUUCUAGCAGUCCUCAGAGCCCUGGUCAUCACCUUCCCUUACAGCAACACCCUCUCCCGAUACCGGACCAUCACCCUCCGGAUCAUCAUCCUGUCUGUCCUCCUGCUCUCCGGACAGUCUCUAGUACCGGUUAUCAUGCGACUAAACAGAGACGACCUGGAACCUUGUCGGAUGUCCCUGAAACACGCCUUCACCAACCAGACAGUGUACCGAGCUUGGAGGAUCUUCACGGUCUUCCUCCAGGUUACCCUGGCUAUGGUUGUCAUGUUGUUGGCUAACGCUGUGAGCGUCCAUCGGCUCCUCAAGAGCAGGACGGCUCGGAAUUGUGCUAAAAGGAACGCUAGAAACUCAGCAGCGAUCACCACGGUGGUGCUGACCAUGUCCUUCUUUCUCCUUCACAUCUCAGGGGUGGUUUACAUGACUUGUGUUACAGCUGGGGUGGAGAUUGAGAUGAACCACUUUAUUGCUAACGGUAUCUCUCUGCUCUCACCGGUUGUGGAUCCGGCUGUUUAUUUCCUCAGACUAGCAAACCCAUGUUGUCAGAACGUAAAACAGACACUCUCCAGUGGGAGCCGCCACAGCCGGACUCAGAUCACGGACUUGGUCUCCAGAGGUUCCUACCGUAUGUCAACUUUUAAACUUUUACCUGGGAGCAGAAAGGCGUCCCUAUGUAGGUCCCUGAGUAGGAGUCCUCCUAAAAGUAUAGGAAGUGGAGGUCAGUUGAACAAUAUUCAGGAGAAAGAGUAUAUUCGGGAGAAGGAGUAUAUUCGGGAGAAGGAAUGUAAGGAGCGGUUAGUGAGGACAGUGGAGUGUCAGGCGGGGGAGAAGUUGGUAGAGAAUGGAGACUGUGGAGAGCAUGUUACUGCUGUGUGAUCAACACUUUCACUUUCAAUUUCAGUUACAGUUUCGCUUUCAGUUUCGUUGAACAGAUUUAAGAAGCCGAGUGUUUCAUCUAUCAGCUUGUGUCAGAAACUCCAAAACAGUUAGUGCAGUCAAUUAGGUCGUGCCUGAACUAUGCGCGACUUUCUAGUGAUUAAGAAAGUUGUUCGUUUAGUAUGUACACCCUUAACCUGACCUUCCCAGUAACUGACAUUCGGCACUAACAUAUUGUGUUGUAACUUCCCGCGCUAAACUCAGCGCACUUAGCUAGAUGCCACAACACCAGCUUGUAUCAGACUAACAAGAUUUAGAGCCUGAUGUACUCGAGUCUGACUAGUGUUGACAGUUGCUAUGGUAACCCGCGCACUAUGUUGCUACCCCCCCCCCCCCCCCCCCCUUCUGUGUGAACAAUAUCUGUUUGUUAAACCCAUGUUUUGUUAAAACGACGCCUUCCCUUUGAUCUGCCCGUGUAAGAGAGACUCUUCAAAGUGCAUAGUUUGUGUUUCUACGGUGAAUAACGUGCGAGCUGUGCUGGGAGAGCUAGUUGGACACAGUAGAACAAGAGGAUUCCGAAAUUAUGGAAUUAUAAUGAAUUAUAAAAUAUUUAUAAUUAUUAAAUUGUUACUUGUAUUAUUUUAUUUGACAAUUGUCUAAUAUUCUUAUUGUUGCUGU